UCAGUCGUAUCGCGGACACAGAAGCGCUGGAUUCAAGUGCUUGACCCUGUUGUCCGUGGCUCUGACAGCGUCAGUUCUUCCAGACUGCAGGGGAUUGGACUAGGUCUGGAUGGCUGACGGACAGGGGCGCAGCAGACCAAUCACAUGAUCACAUGACAAGAUGCUGGCUCGUAACCGCUUCCUCCUCCUGGUGGUGGUAGGUGGAGCAGCACUGGCCAUCCUCAGCCUGAGCCUCCAGUUCUUGAACCUGAUCCCCACCACACCGAUAGUGGAGGAGCGCCCUUUCCAUGCUGCGGAUGGAGGUAUCGGGGUGGCUGUGGGGAAGAGCAGAAAGCGAGUGUUCCCACAGCCUCACACCCAGGAGCCCAACCCCAUAUUUGAGGCUUAUGGGUACUGCAACAUUCCCAACCGCACUGAACAGGCCUGGGAGGGUCACAGUCCUGCUGACUACAAGCUGCUGUCUGUCCAUGUGAUGAUUCGCCAUGGUGAUCGCUAUCCGCUUUAUUCCAUUCCCAAGACCAAGCGACCCGCCAUUGACUGCACCCUGUCCACUAGCAGGUACACCCACUUACACCCCUCUGAGUGGAUCUCUCUUGAUUUUUCUCCACCUCCGCCGUCUUGGAUUGCAGAUGGUGUGGUGCAGCACCUUCGCAAUGGGCAGCUCCUCCACCACGCCUACAAACAACACAGUCUCUUCCCUUCCGAUUGGUCGCCCCGUCAGAUCUGGGUGGAGACCACAGGGAAGAGUCGCACUCUUCAGAGCGGGCUGGCCUUCCUCUACGGUUUCCUUCCGGACUUUGAUUGGACGAAGCUGACCGUGCGUCACCAGUGGAGCACGCUGUUCUGCAGCUCGGCCUGCGACUGCCCUGCCAGGAACAGGUACCUGGAGGAGGAGCAGAGGAGGCAGUAUCAGCUCAGAGCGGCCGAUACUGAACUGGAGAGAACUUACAUGGAUAUGUCACGAACUUUGGGUCUUCCCACUCGGCAGCUCCGAGCUGCAAACCCCAUAGACUCCCUGCUGUGCCACCUGUGCCAUGGCCUUUCAUUCCCAUGUGUUCCCAUAGGAGAUAGUGGCGCCGGCGGAUGCCUGACUAUGGAACAGUUUGCCGUGAUCCGACGGCAGCAGCUGGACGAUGAGGUGGACCGGAGGAGAGCGGGGCUGUACCACAAAUACGCCAUCCUGGCGAUGUAUCCCUACCUCAACCGAACCGCCGCCAAGAUGGAGCGGAUCGCUAAGAGCAGCGAGGCUGGUCGUCAGCCUCGUUCCGGGGGAGAGGAGGUCUUCACUCUCUCUUCAGCCCAUGAUGUCACAGUGGCUCCAUUGCUAAGUGCCCUGGGUCUCGAAGAAGCCCGGUUCCCAAGGUUUGCAGCAAGAAUUGUCUUUGAACUGUGGAAAAGUCCCCCGACGAUACAAGGCCAAGUAAAAAAGAGAGGUGGAAAAGGGGAGAAGUCAAAGGCCAAAUACGGCGAAACAUUCAUCCGGGUGCUGUACAACGGCGAGGACGUGACAUUUCACACCACCUUCUGUCGCCCACACGACCGCCAGGUCAGCCAGCCUCUCUGCCCUCUGAAAAAUUUCCUGUCUUUUGUUAGGAGAGACAUGUUCAGCGUUGUCAAUGCCACCUCCUACAAGGAGGCCUGCUACAGGCGCCCUGGUUGACAGACGGAGGGCGACUGAGUAAAGCUUGAUGGCAGAUGGUUGUACUUUCAUUUAGAACCUGUUUUGAAGACGGCGUACUCUUACUCUGCUCGUAGCGUCUCCACAUUUUAUAACAUAGUCCUUUACAUUUCUGAGCAUGAAGUGUGACACAAUCACACACAACAUGACCUUCACUUUAUAACCUUUGUACAAGCGUACGAUCAUUUUAUAAGCAUCUGUUCUCGACUCUAUCUGUACAACACGAACAAUUCAAGGGAAGUUGAACAGCACUCAGCCACUUUAUUCCAACAUUCCACGACAACUUGAAACUGCAACAUUUCAUUAUUUCCAAAUGCCUGUAAGAAAGAGGAAUAUUGAAGCUGGAAAUACUAUGAUGGGAAUAUUUUGUGUAUAAUAAUGUAUUUCAGUGAAAACUUAGGGCUAGUUUGAGCUGUAGAACUCAAGAUGACCAAGUUUUGUUUUAACAUUUAAUCUUUGCAGCAGGCUUUGUUUUUAGCAGUAACAUUCUCACACAUUGCCGUGCAUCUUUUUAUUCUUGGCUUCAUUCAAAUUGUCUGCGGUACUCUAAUAGUGACAGUUUGGUGCUAUUAGUAAUCACGCUCCUCUUCUCAUUUUGGUCUUUCUGAGGCUAAUAAACGUUUUUCCGAACAGACGUACGUUACUGUAAAACAGUAAAAUAAAUGCCGUCAUGUUUUAAUGCUCUGUUCUCUUAAUGUU